AUGUUCUCUCAAUUCUCUUUUAAAUCAUUAGACGAUACACCAGCACCAGCACCACCACAACGAUCGCAGCCAAUUCAACCUCAAAAUCAAGAUCGACAUGAACACGAGAUUCACGCAAGUCCUUUUAUAGAAGAAGACGACUACGAUUCAUUUCAUUCCGAUUCUGGAUUUGGUUCAGGAAGACAAAGCAGGACUUCGUUGACUGCGUUAGCGGAAGACGACGAAGACGAAGUGGAAGAAUCAAAAGAGGUGAGUGAUGUCAUUGAACGGGGUUUCAUCGUUCUGUGUUGGUAG